AUUUGUUGUUCACGCGUAUUGCACUGUAACGUUCUCUUCCCCAAAUCGCUUUACCUUUUUCUCAUUCAAUUAGGGUUUUCCAAUUAGCAGAAUUUCGUGCUUCUCCGCGCAGGCUGCAAAAGAGAAAAGACGCAGGCACACGCUGAGGGAGAAAGGAUGGGAGGAGGCAAUGCCCAGAAAACGAAAAUGGCUCGGGAAAAGAAUCAGGAAAAAAUGAAAGGCGCAAAGGGUUCAGGAAGUCAACUUGACGCCAACAAGAAGGCCAUGAGCAUUCAGUGCAAGGUUUGCAUGCAAACAUUUAUUUGCACUACGUCGGAGGUUAAAUGCAAGGAGCACGCUGAAGCAAAGCAUCCGAAAGCUGACCUCUUCACUUGUUUUCCCCACCUCAAGAAAUGAUGCAAAACUUAUUAUUUCUGUCACCAAAGAUAGGUUUUGGUACCCUUCUCUGAUCUGUCAAUGUGUUUUAUAUGAAGCUAUUUGGUGUUGGUUCUUAGAUUACUGUACUAUACUGAGUGGCUUGAAGUAUAUGUUCAAUCAUCUCAUCUCUUA